AGGCGACACCACUACCCUUUAUUACUCCCCCUCGCUGGUGCAAGUGUACAUCCAGAGUUGAUAAAUCUAUCAUUUCCACUUUCUGACCAGCCUGCUUUCCGGUUUCUUCUGUAUUCUCCAAGUUUCAUGGAUUUGGCACACAAGCUCCUUCUCACCGCUUUGCUCAUUGUUGCAGCAGCCCUAGAUGGGACGCAAGCAGCUGCGAUGGUUUCUGGUACCGUCUUCUGUGACCAAUGCAAAGAUGGCCAAAGAUCCCUUUUUGAUUAUCCCCUUAAUGGAAUGAAAGUCACGAUCACUUGUGCUGAUGGUAAUGGGCAAGUGACAAUGUCAAGGGAAGAGACCACAAAUUUGUUCGGAAGCUAUGUCAUGAGGUUUGAUGGCACACCAGACUUAAGUAACUGUUAUGCCCAGGUUUCAGGCAGUGGACAAGGUUCAAAUGGCUGUGGUGCAACUGCUGGUCCUUCUCAAAAACUUAGACUUAUGUUCAGGAUGUUUGGCAUGGAGAUUUAUGGUGUGGAUUCUUUACUUUCUCAGCCUACCGAGCCUAUGUCGUUCUGCCCCAGGUCAGCUAAUCCUGUGCCCGCACCGAGAAUAACACCUACAAGGCCUUCUGGACCAACAGCACCUGCAGGGUCUCCUCCAACUUUCAGGCUGCCCCCAUUGCCACUAUUGCCUCCGCUGCCACCAUUGCCUCCAAUGCCACCAUUGCCAUUCUCACAAGCAUCGGCUUGUUCACAUCAGUACUGGACAAUGCCGGAGUACAAAUGCUACUGGAGGGUGCUGAAUCCUGAGUCAAAAGUUGCUCUUAUUUUUGGGCCACUUGCUGCCAGGAGAUAUGGGACUGAUAUGACCCUGUGGGAAAGCCUUCAAGGGAGAGGAGACCCAUACAAAACUCUCCUGAGGGAAGGGACAACGGCCCUUCUCAAUUCCUAUAACAGCCUUCAAUUCCCUUACAAUUCAGUUGCUGUUGUCACACGCAUGAAUUGGGCCCUGAUGGGUUCCACUCGGGGCGCCCUCAUUACUGCUUUACGAUUCAUAAGGGCUAAUGCUGGCUCUGGCAACGUCACCUGCAAAUUAACCCCUUGCAAGUGAUCCCUCUGAUUUUAUAGGCGUUCAUUUUACAUUACUUUCUAUAUAAUUCUGUUAGUCAUAUGUUAUUUUCUAAUUAUUCAUCAUGUGCAACAGUAUUGUACAUCUAGAAGAGGGUUAUGGCUUAUAGUUAUUGUUACUUUAAGCGGUUCGUGCAUCUUCUUUUCACCCAUUAUCUGAGAAUAAAAUUGGAGUCCCCGACUUCAUACACUUUUGUCUA